AUGUCGUUGUUGUAUCCUCACCUUCCGUCUUCAUCUGCUCUACAUGAAGGAACGAGGCUGUUGAUCACCGGGGGAAUCAUAGAGGUGUAUCGCCGAGUAUUCUUGUUUUUGGCGACAUCGGUCGUCGAUAGAAUCAGCCUGACGGCGUCCUUCGACGAGGACGAUCCGAUGUAUAAUUGGCUACUGUAUUGGCUUUCUCGCCGGCCCGUGUGGCGACAGGCGAGGGACAUCGAAGUGACCACUCGACACUAUGGCCUCGAAGCGGACCACUCCCCGCAUCCCUGGCUUCCUAUCAAAGACGAUACAAGAGACACCAGCAAGGCAAUGUCAUACCUACCUCGGGUCGACAAGACGUAUCAUAUGUGGUACAAGCGCAGGUUGAUGCUGGUCAAUCGAGUGGUAAACUCGACGUCCACUUCGUCGUAUGCCAGGAAGUCGGAGUACCUGUAUAUACGGAUAUUUGCGUUUAACCAUCGGAUUUUAGGCGAGCUAUUGGACGAGGCUCGUUCGGAGUACAAGACGGCCAAGGAGAAUCUAAUCUCAGUCUGGGCAUCGAAUAGCAUGAACAAUUGGAUCAAUAUCACAUCUAAUCCAAAGCGCACGACCGAUUCGAUUAUUCUGGACCCCGGAGUCAAGGAAAUGCUACUAGAGGAUACUCGCGAGUUCCUAGACAGUCAGUCAUGGUACACCGCGAGAGGUAUCCCGUUCCGUCGAGGAUAUCUCUUGUAUGGUGCACCUGGAUCUGGCAAGUCCUCCACUAUUCAGAGUAUAGCAGGCGCGCUCGGUUUGGAUGUCUACAUCGUCACCCUGUCACGGGCCGGACUAGACGACAACUCCCUGUACGAGCUCAUUGGUGGUCUCCCGAAGAGGUGCAUCGCCCUCAUGGAGGAUGUCGAUGCGGCCUUCAGCAAAGGAAUCACGCGCAGUCUGCCUCGUAGUGAUGACUCAGAGGGAGACGCCGGCGCCACCGAGAAGCCUCCGCUCAUGGAGCUUCAGGACCCCGGCGCGCGCGUCACCCUGAGCGGGCUGCUCAACGCUCUCGACGGCAUCGGCGCCCAAGAAGGACGACUGCUAUUCGCGACGACGAACAACUUCUCCGCUCUCGAUCCGGCGCUGCGACGACCCGGCCGCAUGGACGUGCAUGUCGAAUUCAAGCUCGCUAGCAAGUACCAGGCGAAGGAGUUCUUCAAGUGCUUCUACGUACCUGCUGGCAGAGGGGCCGACAUAGCCUCUCCGGGCCCCGGGACCCUGGAGAAGCUCCUUCCAGGCGUACGUCGACCUCAUGCGUUGCCGGCAGCAGACGAUGCAGUGAAGGGCCUGGAGGACCUCGCAGCACGAUUCGCGGAGAUUAUUCCCGAUCGCGAGCUGUCGAUGGCUGCUCUACAGGGCUACCUGAUGAAAUACAAGAUCCGACCACAAGACGCCGUAGACGACGCUCCCGGGUGGGUGAAACUAGAACUGGGCGGGGAAGGUGGCGAAGAGCGCCACGAGUCGGAGUAG